UAUUCUAUACAUGAAAAUAAUAAUAAAAAAAAAACACAUGAAACGAAUUGAGGGUCAAAAUUAAUUCCAAAUCGAAAUCUAAUUGAGAUAGAUCGAUCGAUCCGAUCAGAGUUUGAUGGGAGAGAUUAAUGAAGAAGACGAAGCAAAGAGCAGUCACAGCAACAUCGACGAUAAUGGUAAUAUGGCUGAAAUCACCGUCAAAACUAUUGGCCCUUCUCCUCCAUCCCGCCUCCUCCUUCCUUCUCCCAUCAAAGUCUGUGAUUUGAGGAAGUUGGUUGCUGAAAAUAGGCACCUACCAAUUGAGAAUUUAAGGCUUAUCUUGCGUGGGAAUGUAUUGCAUGAUAGCAGAGAUGAGGAUGAUAUAUGGCUUAAUAAUGGAGAUUCCCUUAUUGUUGCUGUCAAACCAAAGCCGCCAGCAAAACAUCUCCGAGAUGGAUUUGAUGAUGAUGAUGAUGAUGAUCUGAAGUUUCAGCUGCCACAAUCAGCAAGUCGGUGGAAGAGGAGGCUUUAUUUCUUUCUGCAUGAUAAGUUGAAGCUCCCUGAUAUCCUUUUGAUGGGACUUUUCUCUCUCAGUCUGAAGGCAUGGGCUGUUUUUAUUUUAUGGUUCAUUUUGGCACCUGUUGCCCACAGAUGGGAUCUGGGACCAAUAUAUAUAAUCGGCACUGGCUUUGUUAUCAUCCUUCUGAAUCUUGGGCGGAGGCAAGCUGGUGAUCUCAGCGCGUAUUCUAUCUUCAAUGAAGACUUCAGGGAGCUUCCUGGGACCCUUAACGCAGAUCGCCUGGAUAGAGACAUUCGGGCCGGCCAGUUUUGAACCUUAGACGAGUACAUCAGUGCUGCUUUCAGGCCAUGCAUGCUGUAACAAUGUAUACUCGCAACCUUUUGAUGUAUGUGUAUACCCAUCUGCACAUAGAGUCGCUUGACUUGUACUAACAAAUUUCCACCCACAUUUUUCCUUAGUCUCUCUAUGUUUCUCAACGGAAGAUUUUAAAAUACUAUUUUUUUUCCCGUACUCGUAGAAACUGAUGAAAACAUCAUUUGUAU